AUGGCAAAUGUCGCUAGAGCUCUACCGUUUAAUAAUUUGGUUGUUGUGGAGGCUGAACGGACAGCAAGAGUUUUGGCUCUGGUUUGGAAGUCCGAGAUAGGUUGGAAAGUUAUUUUCAAAUCAAAGCGGAUUAUUGGGGUGGUAAAUUCUAUUGCAAAUGGUCGGGCUUGCACUAGCUGGUGGGGAAGCGCGAAUAUUAGAGAGCGUAUUGGCAGAGUAAUUGUGAGCCCUGCUUGGAGGACUAUAUUCCAUCAGGCAGACAAGAGAAGACGGAAUUUCUUAGCUGCCAUCAAAGACGACACAGGAAACUGGUUGGAGACUCGAUUCGAUAAUGGAAAUUACCUCACUAUGAAGUUCAAUGACCUAUUUCGUGAAAAGCAAUUAGAAUUCUGCCACUGUUUGGACGUUUUAAUACAAGGAGGAAUCACAAACAUGGAUAAUGCAGAUAUUGAUGUCUUUCCUUCUUCAGAAGAAAUCUUUCAAACAGUUAAGAGCAUGCAUCCCAUCAAAGCCGCAGUCUUCAUUCCCGGUAGGUGGAUUGGUGAGAACUCUAUUCUUGUGAAUGAAAUUUUACAUACAAUGAAUACCGAAAAGAGUGGUGCCGGCCUUGUGGGUUUCAAAGUGGACUUGAUGAAAGCAUAUGAUAGAGUAAAAUGGGAUUUUCUGACGAGAAUUAUUUCCAACUUCGGCUUUUCUAGUAGGGUAACUGAUCUUAUUCUUGGAUGCAUUUCCACAGAAUCUGUGGAACUCCUUUUAAAUGAGUUGCUGUCCAAGAUACUUGCAGAUUUGGACGAGGUUCGUGAGGUCGUAAAUUGCCUAAAUACUUUCUGCCGAUGGUCAGGUCAAAAAAUAAAUCGUGACAAAUCGAGCUGCUUCUUUUCGAAGAAUACCCAUAGCAAGAUAAAGAAUGGCAUUAAAAAACUCUUUGGUGUGAAGGAACUUCCGAAAGACUCAAAAUACUUAGGGAAUUCUUUGUUCAUAGGAAGGAACCACACGAAGAACUAUGAAGAGCUAAAGAAUAAAGUGAAGCUGCAAAGGUCCCAUCUUCUUGGUGUAAUGAUAUUGGGAAAGCAGCCUCUAGAUUCCUUUGGAGCAACGGAACUGAGCGAAAAAAACUACAUCCCAAUUUCUUGGAAUAGAAUUUGCACACCAAAAUCUGCGAGUGGCCUUGGUUUAAGGAAACCGAAAGAUAUGAACUCUGCUCUCCUUUGUAAAAUUGGCUGGCACUUAGCCAUCGAGUCGGACAGAUUAUGGGUUAGCGCCCUAAAAGCAAAGUACUUUGCUGGAAAUUCCUUCAUGAAUUGCAAGAGAAAGAGGAAUAGUUCGUGA